UGUGACGUGGUUUUGAUGAGAUGUUCAUACACGUUUAAAAAGUUGUAUCAGCGUUGCUUUAUGCUGUUAGUUAGCAAUAAUACAACAGAAAGUAUAGCUGAAGAGAUACUCAAUAAGCUAUUUAGGCUAACCCUAGCCGCACGGAGUUGCCUAGUAAUAUCGAACGUUAACGCUAGUUAGUUCAUGCAUAUCAGGCUAUGGCCAGUUAAAGGUAACGUUGGGGGUAUUAUAUAUGCUACGUUAACAUUAAUUAUAUCCGUGUUUCCGUGUAGCAGUCGCCCUGUAUUACCCUGUGUGAGAAAUGGAUGCUACUCAGAUGAUCUGUGACUCAAUCUUGGAGUCAGAUGAGGAAGAAAAUGAAGAGGAGAAUAAAAAUAAGAGGGGACGACCAUUGGCUAAACUGUGCAUCUUAAAAAAUGAGCACAUCCCUGAAACAGAGUUCCCACUCUUCUUGGGAGAUAAUGUGCUGGGCCGUGACCCCAAUACCUGCACCCUGCCUUUGCUAGCACCCUCGAUAUCCAAGCAGCACGCUACCAUCUGCGUCUCUGUCUACAGGAGAAGAGGUUGUCACAGUGAAGUGGAUGUAGAGGCUUUGGUUUGGGACCUAGGGAGCAUGAAUGGGACCCACAAGGGCCGCUUAAAGCUGACUCCUAAUGUGCGCUAUGCCCUCAGUGAACAUGACAGUUUGGUGGUGGCAGACAUCCCUUGUCAGUAUGUCAGCUGUGCUGUAGACACAGUCCCUUCUCAAGGGGACAUGAGGACUCCUGUAAACAGAAAUUCAGGGGUUAAGGCCCCGUUGCCAGAUGCCUCAGGAGAAAAGGGAGGUGACACAAUCACAGGGAGCAAGACAUGUGUCAACGGAGGUACAAAAACUAGGGUGUCAUCACCUGAUCAGGAGGACACAAGGAAGACUCCUGUCAGAACCAGUUGCCUGUCCUUUGAGCAAACUCCAACCCAGCCACAGGGGACCCUGGUCCCAGAAUCUGGCUCAGACUCAGACGGAGAAAGAGGAGACAGGAGGCGCAAGGCUCUGGUGUCUGAUUCUGACUCCUAUAAAUCAAGUCCCACAUGUUCAACAUUACGGAGUCCCCCAAACAAAAUCGUGCCUGAAAGUGAGGAUGAAAGUCCCAUCACACCGUCCUCCUCCACUAAAAAUAGGCCUUACAGACAUGUCAGCUUCAGCAAGGAGAAGACAGACUUAGAUGUGGGGCGACAGCAGGCGAUGAAAAAAAAGGCACUUGCGGUUGUGGAUGACAGUGAAGAGGAGGAAGAAAGGGAAGAAGAAAGAGCAGCACUCGGAGGGAGAAAGUCUGAGGAAAGUGGACAGCAUGUGCCAGUGAAACAGGAAAGCAAUGUCAGUCUUACAGGAAAAGAUGAAUUGCCUGUAUCCACACCAUCAAUCUUCACAGAUGCGAUCCCUGCAUUUCACAUGGACAGUGACACUGAUAUAGAGGGAGAGGAGGUAGGAGUGGCCUCUGUGGGUCCUGUGACCAUGAAUACAAACCAACAAGCUGAUCAGCCACCAGACACAGCCCAGCUUCACAUGGACAGUGAUACAGAUGUCGAUGAAGAUGAUUAUGCCUCAGACAAAGUUCCCAAAUCUGUGCCUUCCUCUGCUGACCACACCAACCCUCCUCAUGUAAUUUCAGUUAUUCAGCCAGAGGGAAUCACUAUGGACAGUGACACCGAUGUGGAUGAUGACUAUGCUCCUGUGUCAGACACUGCCACAAAAGCAAAACCCACGUCAAUUCAGAGCACAUACACAGCUGACUCUGCUCCUUCAACGCAGCUCAAAGAUUUCCACCUAGACAGUGACACAGAUGUUGACGAGGAAGAAGAAAAGAAACGUGGAACAAAUAAUACAUGCUCUAAAAUAGAUGAAACUCCCACUAGAUUAGAUAUCAUGCCACUUGGCCCUGAAUCCACCCCUCCUGCGCCUCACAGCCUGCAUCCAGACAGCGACACAGAUGAUGAAGCUAUUCCUGCCCCUUCCAUCAGUGAGCCCUCGGUGGUGUCUGCUGUCACAGAAUCAUGUGCCGCUGCAGACGCAGGAGCUGAUUUAGGUAUUUUGUCUGAUAACGACACAGACGUGGAAGAGGGCUCUCCUCUGCUCUCUCUACCUGUUGCUGUCCCAGCCUUGUCAGUGGGUCCUGGUACCACAUCAGAAGCUCUUCAUUCAGAGUCGGAAGCAGACACCGAUGUUAAUCCAGACGACCUCAGAGUGGACAGUGACACAGAUGUGGAAGAUGAGAAGGUGGAUUUUGGAGAGGCCUGUGAGGGCCAGAUUCCUAGCUUGCCCAGAGAAAAUACACCUGGGUUUCUGGUUCCUCUUAAGCAGAACUGCUCCACUCCUAUACAGGUGUCAGAAGGAGAAGUGGAAGACAUGGAGACUCAGGCUUUCCUGAGUCCCUCCACAGGUCCAUUUAGAGGUGCGGUAGCCCCUGCUAUAAGACCUUUACCAUUGUCUACUGUCUCAGACAGCCAGGAGGAUGAGGAAUUUGUCGUGGCUGAGACGCAGUCCUUCGUUCUUCAGACCAGAGACUGCCAGGCCAACCGUCCAGAGGACCACACCAUGGACCCCACCCAAGAUUUCGGCCUUGACUCUUCUGGUGAUGAUCAAGGCGAACAGUCCAGCAGAGGAGGGUCUUUGCAGCUGGGAUUGUCUGACAGCAACCACCUGCAGGCUCAGGAUCAGGCCCAAGCUCUAGCAAUGGAGAGCACCCAAGCUUUUGUCUCUGUGGUGGGGGGUGUGAAUCUGGAAGAUACCCAAGAAUAUGCAGCCAUCUCAAAUGCAGACAGAACCUCCAUGCAGAAUGAUUUAAAUCUGGAGGCUACGCAGGCCUAUGGAGAGACUGAGGAACCUGCCCGAUGUUCAGUCAUGUCUGUUAAAGAAGGUCAGUUAGAUUUGGCCCUAGAAGCAACACAGGCAUAUCUUUUAGAGCCCUCCAGUGAUUCAGGGGAUGAAACCGAUGAAGAUGAAAGAAAAAACACUGCUACUGCUGAGACUCAGGCUUUCGACUUUCCUACUUCAUCUACUCUCGCCAUGGCUAAAACCCAACCAAUGUCUGCCUUUGAGGAGGAGAGUUUGGAUAACGAAAAUCCUAUUUCCUCUGUACUAGAAGUUAAGCCCACACCACAUAAUGGAACAGAUGAGAGGGAAGAACAUGGGGAGGCAGCUCAACCUCAGAAGAGCCACCUCAGUGAAGCUCUGUCUCUAGCUGAAACUCAGCCAAUGCGUAUAAGUGAGGAUGAAGAAAGUGAUGAUGAGGACUUGAUUCCAGGUCCACGAAUAAGAAAAGCAAAGCCACUGCAGCUUGGAGAGGAGCAGACACAAACUCUCCCAAACUCUGAGCUCUCUGCUAUUGAAACUCAGCCCAUGGGUACAUGCGACAGUGAGCAAAGUGAUGAAGAAGACUCAAGUCCAGGUCCUAGAAAAAGACCAGCAAGGCCACAGCAAAUUCAAGAAGAGGAGACACAACCGCUCACUAAUUCUGAGUCCUCCACUGUUGAAACUCAGCCCUUGGAAACAAAAACGGGUCUGCAGCCUCAAAGGGGAAAGGGGAGACAAUCUGAAGCUGGAACCAGUGGCACCACUAUUAGAGGUACACGAGGGACGAGGGCAAGAUUAAGAAAAGCGGAGGAGCAGGCAGAAUGUUCCGAACUUCCCAAGAGACAGACACGAGGGAAGAAUAAAGCUUUGCCAACUACCAGAGGAAGGAGAGGAAAAGCAAGGCCUGAUGAGGAGGAGAGUGAGGAAGAGGAGGAGGUAGUGCAGGCUAAAGGAACUGGAGGAAAAAAAACCAAGAGAGAACAGAAAGAUAAUGAGGAUAAGGAAGAAAGGCUUGAAACAGGGAGAAACAAGCACACUGAAAAAGCCAACCUAAUGAAGGAAGAAGAAGAAAGGAGGGGAGCCAAAUUAGAAAGGGAAAGAAAAGAGAAGGAAGAAAAAGAAAGAUCGCAGGCUAUAAUUGCAGAAAGGGUAAGACUUACGCAGGAGGCAGCAGAAAAAGAUAGAAUAGACAGGGAAAGAAAGGAACAAGAAGAAAAGAAAAAAGCUGAUAAGGCACAAAAGGAAAAAGAAGAACAAUUGGGCAGGGAAAGAAAGGAGAAGGAAGAAAAAGAGAGAUUAGAGCGUGAAAAGGCAGAAAGAGAAGAAAAGGAGAGAUUAAAACGUGAAAAGGCAGAGAGAGAAGAGAAGGAGAGAUUGGAGAGGGAAAAGAAAGAGAUGAUAGAAAAAAGAAAGGAAGAAAAAGAAAGCUUGCAGAUGGCAAAGAGGGAACAAGAAGAGAGACUUGAGAGGGAGAGGAUGGAACAAGAACACCAGGCAAGACUGGAGAGGGAAGCAACGGAAAGGGAAGAACGAGAAAGAUUGGCGAAAGAAAAAGAGCAAGAAGAAAACAAGCCCAAAACACCCACAAGAAGUCGAAGAGCAGCCAGAACAACUGCUGCCCCGUGUACAACCGAGCCGGAACAAGACUCAACCGUAUCAGCCAAUGAUGAUGUCCCAGCGAGGAGAACCAGAUCACGCUCUAACUCCUCUAACUCUGUCAGCUCAGAGAGGUCUGCUUCAAGUGCAAACACCCAGGGGAGCAGGGGGAGAGGCCGAGGCCGAGGAGCAAAGAGGACCAGUGGGCCACCCCAGGCAGCCAUCGUCCGAAGCAGCAGCAGUAGAAGGAGGACGGUGGCUGCAGAGGCAACACGAGUAACAAGUAAUGAGGUUUCUCCUCAGGGAGUCCGCUCUAGGUCCAACUCCACCAGCUCCCUCAACUCAGAGAUUUCCAGCUGCAGCAUGAGCUCUCAGGGCAGAGGAAGAGGAGGCAUGCAGCGUGGAAGAGGCAGGAAAACAGAAGCAGAGCCACACUCCAUCCCUCCUGUCAAUAGUCAGAGUGAACCGAAUUUGGCUCCCAAACCUACAGCCAGGGGCAGGAAGAGCAGGAAAGCAGAGGAAUCCUCUGAGGUUCCCCAUGAGGAUGAAAAUGAGAAGGCAGACUCUCAGCAGGCUAGUACCACAAGAGGGCGACGGCGAGCCAAUGAAAACCACUCUGAACCUGCUGCUGCAGAUGAGCAAGGCCCUUCUAAUCAGGAGGAGAGAUGUGCCAGUGAAGAUUCACCUCCGCCUAAAAGGAAUGUCAGAGGCAGAGGCCAAAAAGCGAUCAAGAGCGAGACUGUGGAGGCACCAGUAGCUUCUGCAAUCAGUGAUGGAGAUGAGGCUAAAGACAAAAGAAAAGGAAGAAAAAGAGAGUUGCAGGCGAAUAAAGAAGAGGAUUCCAGCAGUAGCUCCAAAGUGUUCAAAGGGAAGGAGAAAGCCCAAGCACCAGAGGCAGCAGAGGAAGAAGCAAAUGGUGAAACAAAAGAUGACAUUCCAGUCCAAGCUAAAAGAAGAGGUAGAGCAUCCAGCACUCAAGCGAAGAAAAACGCAAAAGAUUCCCCCACUGAAGGGCAGGUGAAAGAAGAGAGUGAGAAAAUGGAGGAGGAGACUGUUGAGAGGAGAGGCAAAGGUCGGCCAUCAAUGGUCCAGAAAAAGAAGAAAGAGGAGCAGGGAGAAAGUGGAACAUCUGUUGAACAGGAUCCACAUGUGGAGGCAUCAGAGCCCCAGACUCCAGCCAGCAGUGGAUCCCGGAAGCGACAGGCUCCUGUGGACUCCUCACCUGUGGCAAAGACCCCUCGCUCCUCCUCUGCAUCCCUGGCAGCUAGUGGUCGAUUACGAGCUGCCAGCCAGGACUACAAGGUGCUGUUCACCGGCGUGGUGGAUGAAGUAGGGGAGAGAGUGUUGGCCCGGUUGGGAGGCAGCAUGGCUAAAGGUGUGGCAGACAUGAACUGUCUAGUGACUGAUAAGGUGCGCAGGACUGUCAAGUUCCUGUGUGCCGUGGCUAAAGGAGUUCCCAUUGUCACCACACACUGGCUGGAAAAGAGUGGUAAGGCUGGGAGCUUCCUGUCUCCUAAUGCUUUCGUUGUGAAGGACCUGGAGCAGGAAAAGAAGUUCAAUUUCUGCCUGCAGGAGUCUCUAAGGAUUGCCAGCAGUCAGUCUCUCUUACAGGGCUAUGAGAUCCAUGUUACAAAGUCCGUGAAACCAGAGCCAGUUCAUAUGAAAGACAUAAUCUCUUGCAGUGGAGCUGCCUUUCUUCCUAAAAUGCCCUCUUCUCACAAGCCUCAGACUGUAGUUAUUUCCUGCGAGGAGGACUGGCUGCUGUGUACCCCGGCUCUCUCUGCAUCUCUCCCAGUUGUCACGGCUGAGUUUAUUCUCACAGGGAUCCUUCAGCAGAAAGUUGACCUUCAGACCCACACACUCUCUGCCCCUAGAAAUACUCUACAGCCUGCAGGAGGCAGGGGGAGGGGCAGAAAGAAGACUUAGCACCACCAGGGUAUACUGUAAAAACCUGUCGUCUGUGAAAAACUGCCACAGUGGGGUUUUUUCUAUCGUUUAUAGAUUCCCUUUCAAAUUAGAGACCGGUACAAACACUAGUGAGUCAGCUGUUCGUCUGUAUGAAAGACUUGAAGAAUGUAUUGUAACACAUUGUGGAUGUAUUCGCAUGGGUGCAGUUUUACAGUGUUAGCUGUUUUUUUUUUGUUUUUUUUCUUCAAUUUUACCUUUUGCCUUGUACAUGUAAAAAUUUAGUUUUUAAAGUUGCAAAAGCUAAACGCGAUGUUGCUGCUGAUCAGGGUGGGGAUUAGAAUUACCCAUCAACCUUCCUUGUCCUGUCCUCAUUUCAUUCUCCCCUGUGCUCCACCCCUCUCUUUCUACAAUGAUAACAAGCAGAGCAGGAAUUUACACUGCUAAAUUGGCGCUACUCUCUAAUGUGCUUUGGCUAAAUCAGCCAGUUUGGCAGGAAACCAGAAGUGAAGUUGGAGUUGUAUAAUCAUGUUUGGGUGGUUGAAUAGUGGAACCGACAGGGGGUCUGAUUUCAAAUACAUCGGCUGCGAUGGUCAGUGGAUUCAAAGAGCUUAUCUCCUGUCCUGAUAAGAAGUGCAUAGUGCCUUUUUUUUUUUUUUUUUUACCGAGGUAAUCACGAACCUACGAGUGUUUCUUCUUCCUCUGUCUCCAUUAACCACCACCACCUACUCCAUUAAGGCUUCAUAUAUAGACACUUGAAUGCUGAUGCUGCUUUUACAUCAAUAUCUUAUGGUCAUACAUUUAUUUAUUGUUUGUCUAUACAUGCUGUUACAAAAGACCAGUGUACAGAACUCACAUUUGGUUUCCCUCCUGACCCACAGUCCAUCUUUCAACUAGCUGUAUGUUUGGUGUUUUAAAGACGACUCAUUAGCUUGUAACCAAGUUUGAUGUUAGAACCGUCUAAUAGCUAAUAUCUCAACGCCAAGUUUGUGUUAUCAUCAUGAAAUCUGUCAGUUUACCAAUGAAAACAUUAAAUCUUUUCUAUUAUGCUUAA